CCUCCCUCUCUCUCUCUCUCUCUCUCUCUCUCUAUUGUGUAAUAAAGGGUUCAUUCAUUCAAAUUCUGAUCAAUCAAGAUGGAGUACAUGCAAGUUCAGACGCCGAAAUACGAUUGCCUCCUAUUCGAUCUUGAUGACACCCUUUACCCUCUAAGUACCGGUCUACAAGCAGCAGUUCUUACAAACAUCCAAGCUUAUAUGAUUGAAAAAUUGGGUGUCGAAGAGAGCAAAAUACCCGAUUUGUGUGAUCUUCUGUACAAAAACUAUGGCACCACAAUGGCUGGUCUUAGGGCAAUUGGCUAUGAUUUUGACUAUGAUGAGUACCAUAGCUUUGUCCACGGCAGAUUACCGUACGAGAAUCUAAAACCGGACCCCGUUUUGAGAAGCCUUUUGUUAAGCUUACCCAUCCGAAAAGUCAUAUUUACGAACGCUGAUAGGGUACACGCGGUCAAGGCGUUGACUAAACUCGGCCUAGAAGACUGCUUCGAAGGGAUCCUCUGUUUCGAGACACUUAACCCUACACACAAGAACACCGCAUCGGAUGAUGAAGAUGAUCUCGAGUUUCUAGGGUCAACGGAACCUUCUAGAAAAUGUUCUAAUGCCGAAAUCUUCGACAUAAUUGGACAUUUUUUAAAACCCGAUGCAGGAUCAGCUACUUUGCCUAAGACUCCGAUUAUUUGUAAACCAUCGGAAUCUGCCAUCGAAAUGGCUCUUAAAAUCGCCAACAUUGAUCCACAUCGAACCUUGUUCUUUGAGGACAGUGUUCGAAAUAUUCAGUCCGGAAAACGUGUAGGUCUCGAUACAGUACUGGUUGGAAAAGCGCAGAGGGUGAAAGGAUCGGAUUACGCGUUGGAAAGUAUACAUAAUCUGCGAGAAGCAAUACCGGAGCUUUGGGAAGGUGAUAAAGUUACCUACACGGGGGUUGCGGUUGAGGCUGCUUCCGUGACAGCUUAUAGCUUAGCUUAGCUUAACUUAAUGAGAGAACAAUCUUUCUUUGGUCUCUUUCAUCAAAAUAACCGUGUAAUUAAUCAUUUAUUCUGCUGCUGCUGCUGCUGCUGUCAUCAAUCAAUUCAUGUAUAAAUUAUAUUCCUUUUGUUGCAAUAAUAUGUGGGUGAUUUGAUUUAUCACGAAAUCAAGAAACGGGCACGCAAAGUAUGUGUAUACAUAUAUUCCUUCUAUUUUUGAAAUAAGUGAUUAUGGUUAUGAUUA